AUAUUUACCAUCAUCAUAUCGAUUUUAGCGACAUUCGUUCAAAACGUAUCGAUCGUUAAAAGACAAACAGAUGAAAAUGAUGCUGAAUUAUGUAAAGGACGGCCACCAAGUGAAUAUUUUCGUUUAACAGCCGAUGAAGAUUGUCGUGAUGUUGUCCGGUGUUCAGUACAAGGUUUAUUAGCAUUACGUUGUCCAUCUGGUUUAGCAUUCGAUAUUGAUAAACAAACAUGUGAUUGGAAAUCGAAUGUUAAAAAUUGUCAACAAUUAGAAAAACCACGAUUAGUUGCACCAUUGUUGGCAACCGAUGAACCAAUCUGUGAAACUGGAAAAUUAGCCUGUGGUAGUGGUGAUUGUAUUAAUAAAGAAUUAUUCUGUAAUGGUGAACCAGAUUGUGCCGAUGGUUCAGAUGAAAAUGCAUGUACCGUAGAAAAAGAUCCAAAUCGUGCACCAGCAUGUGAUCAAACUCAAUGUGUAUUACCGGAUUGUUUCUGUUCACCAGAUGGUACACAGAUACCGGGAAAAUUGGAACCAACACAUGUACCACAAAUGAUUAUGAUCACAUUCGAUGAUGCUAUCAAUAAUAAUAAUAUCGAUAUAUAUGAUAAAAUCUUUAAAGAAGGACGUAAUAAUCCAAAUGGUUGUUCAAUAAAAGGUACAUUUUUCAUUUCACAUAAAUAUACCAAUUAUUCAGCUGUACAGGAAAUGCAUCGUCGUGGACAUGAAAUUGCUGCCCAUUCUAUAACACAUAAUUCAAAUGAAAAAUAUUGGAGUGAAGCAUCCACAGAAACUUGGGCUAAAGAAAUGGCUGGUGUACGAUUGAUUAUUGAACGUUUUGCAAAUAUUACGGAUAAUUCAAUUGUUGGUGUUCGUGCACCAUAUCUACGUGUUGGUGGUAAUAAUCAAUUUUUUAUGAUGGAAGAACAAGCAUUUUUGUAUGAUUCAACCAUAACGGCACCAUUAAGUAAUCCACCAUUAUGGCCAUAUACAUUAUAUUUUCGUAUGCCACAUAAAUGUCAUGGUAAUGGCCAAAAUUGUCCAACACGUUCACAUGCUGUAUGGGAAAUGGUUAUGAAUGAAUUGGAUCGUCGUGAUGAUCCAAAUUUUGAUGAAGAAUUAUCUGGCUGUUCUAUGGUGGAUAGCUGUGCCAAUAUUAUAACUGGUGAUCAAUUUUAUAAUUUUCUAAAUCAUAAUUUUGAUCGCCAUUAUAAAACAAAUCGUGCACCAUUGGGCGUAUUUUUUCAUGCUAGUUGGCUAAAAUUGAAUCCAGAAUAUUUAGAUGCAUUCAUACAAUGGAUUGAUGAAGUAUUGGAUAAAAAUGAUGUUUAUUUCGUUACAAUGACACAAGUAUUACAAUGGAUGCAACAACCAACACCAAUGAAUUCGAUACGUGAAUUUUCACCAUGGAAAGAAAAAUGUGAAGUACGUGGACAACCACUUUGUAAUCUACCGAAUGCAUGUGCAUUAUCUACACGUGAAUUACCUGGUGAAACAAUUCGUUUACAUACAUGUGCUGAAUGUCCACAAAAUUAUCCAUGGCUUGAAGAUCCUACUGGAGAUUAUUUUGCAUUCUAAAAAUAAUUCUUAACCAAUGUAUCCAAACUACUACGAAUAAGAAGAAUAUUCAUCAUUUAUUCGGAUUCUCCCAAAUGGUCAAUAUAUAAAUAUCGAAUAAAUGAAUGAUUGUUCCUAAAUUCGGCCUAUUUCAUUAUCCUAUUCAUAUUUUUUUUUUGUUUGAUGUUUUUUUUUCAUUUCAUAAUUUUUUUUUUUU